AUGAUGUUUCAAACGACAGCAUCCCUUCUAAGCUUAGGCAUUGCAAUUGGCACCGCCGUCGGUACGGUUGUGUCGGUUCCGUCGCCUCGAGAUCUGCUUGAUGAUCCAUGUGCUACCUUCAGAUUGCCUCCCAGAGCAGUCAAUGCAACUUUUCUCGAUCAAGUUACCGUAGAACAGCCGUGGGUAGAGCCUCCCUUUGGAUUUGGCUACGGCAAAUGGGCUUUGGCUUGGACAAGCAUCGAGCUCUACUGGGACUGGCUGAACAUGCAGAAUGAAUGGUAUCCUCUCCACAGCGAGGUAAAAGGCAAUCUCGUGUCGGACAUCGAACCAACCGUUAUUGCGGAUGUGAAUUCUUUCCAAAUGGGCGACAACGACACAGUUAUCAUCACUCCUGGAACCGACACUCCCCUUCCAGGGGAGGUUUAUGCUUGGAAUUACACCAUCCCUGCUGACAUUAUGGCAGAAACCGACAACACUGCUUGGGUAGGAUGGGGUUUCGACUUUUACGAGCAAGGCGCUCCUUAUUUUGUUGACUACGACGCCUCCACCACAGGUGUGCUGAACGUUUCCUAUGGAAUCUCUAUCUACAGCCGUCGCGAACGUGGACCAAGCGAUCAAACUGUCGCGGAGAUUGCAAAGUGCUACGAUAAGCUUGGCAGCAAGGACUUUGCAGACUUGUUUAGGUCAAUGCGAAGAACGCCUACUGAUGGGCGUCGAACUCAUACGUUGUCCUGGCAUGGGCCAUCGGCGGCGAAAGAAGAGAAGCGACGGAUCUAUGGGAGCAUUACAGAGCAACUGCAUUUCUAA